CUCCAGACUCAGCCAAGGAAGGACUAGCAGACUAUCACAGCAAGACGCAAAAUGCGACGCACCAGGCACAAAAUUCUGCCCUCCCGCUGCCGCCUGGCGCUGGGCUUCCUGCUCGCCUACCUCACGGGCUUGGCCUUCGCAGAGCUGCACGGCCAGACUCCGACGGACCACGACUUCAUCACUUCUGAAGAUCGAACCAUUCUAUAUGAAUCAAGAAUGAAAUCCAUAGCUGACGACCUGCAACCACGUCGGGCCUCCAGGACUGAUGAAAGCAGAGAUCUUGAACGCGGCUCACGAAGGCUUGACGAAAGGGAGGACGCCAGACGGCUGUCCAGAGAGUCGGACACUACCAGCCGACGCUUGGACGAGAGGGACUCCCGAAACUCCAGGUGGGAGGACACUUUGCGGAGGUCCGAACGCCGUGCAACCCAGGAAGUCCGUCGCGAGGUCCGCCGUGAGGCAGACACGAUGGGCGCAGCUCGUCGGGACUCUCGGUUGGACUCCCGCCGCGAUACCAGAGAGGAGCUGGACGGAAUAAAUCGGGAAAGAACCGAUACCACUCGUAAACUUGAACGCAGACAGGAGGCCCGUGAGUCCCGCAGAGAUCUCAGGGGAGAGUCCCGCAUCCAAGAAAACAGAAGGGACUCCCUACGGGAGGAAUCCGCGAGGAGGGAUGUCCGUCGAGAAGACUCUGACUCAAACGGCUCUCGCCGUGAAGUCCAGGAGACCAAGGACUUCCGUGAUUCAAGGGACUCCAGAGUCAUUGAGAAGCGGGAAGUUGAAAGAGUUGGUGAGUCUUUGCGACGAGUGGAUGCAGAUCGUUCAGAAAUGAGGGACUCUCGCCGAGAGAUUCGUCAGAGGGUCAUGGAGAGGCGUGUUGAAGAGUCCAGGGAUACAAGGGAAGCCCGAGAUUCCCGCUCAAGAGCUCAACGUGUCCAAGAGGCCAGGGAAAUUCGACGAGACACCCGUUCUCUUGACGAAUCCAGGGACUCCAGACGACAAGACAUCCGCUUGGAGAGGCGUGACCCUCAACGAGUCGAACUUUCAAGGGACUCUCGAAGAAUGGAGCGGUCUGAAUCUAUUAGAGACUCUCGUCAAAUUAUGGAGAGGCGUGUGGCCAGACGGGUUGAUGAGUCCAGGGACACCGGAGUGCGUGCAAAAAUGAGGGACUCUAACCGGGGCACACAUCUAAGGCGAGCUGUAGAGUCCAGGGACUCCAGAAGACUCGAGGACACAAGAGCCAGAGAUUCUAGACGAGUCGAAGAAGCCAGGGACAAUCGACGAGACAUUCAGAUUGAAAGGCGUCUAGAUGAGUCCAGGGACUCCGGGCGACAAGACAUCCGCUUGGAGAGGCGUGACGUCCAACGAGUUGAGGCAUCUAGGGACUCUCAAAGUAUGGAGCGGUCACGCCAGAGAAUCAUGGAGAGGCGUGAGGCCAGACGCGUUGAAGAGUCCAGGGACUCCUCAAGAACACGUGACGACACCAUGGAACGAAAAGACUUGAGGGAUUCUGAGAGACGUGAAUCUCGACGAGUUGUUGAGUCCAGAGACACCCGUGAAAUGAGAGACUCUCGCCUGGGUACACGUCAGAGGAACGUCGAGAGGCGAGUUGAAGAGUCUAGGGACUCAAGGAGACUUGAAGACACACGAGAAGCUAAAGGUUCUAGAGCUCAACGGGUCCUAGAGGACAGGGAAAAUCGACGAAACACUCGUACUGAGAGGCGACUGGACGAAUCCAGGGACUCCAGGCGUGAUGCCCAACGUAUCGAGCUUUCAAAGGACCGAAGAAUGGAGCAGUCUCGCAGAGACUCACGCCAGACAAUCAUGGAGAGGAGCCGUGAGGCCAGGCGCGUCGAGUCCAGGGAUUCUAGAAUACGUGAUGACGCUCUGGCACGAACAGAUUCUGAAUCUCGACGAGUUGUAGAGUCCAGGGAAUCAAGGAGAGAAGCCCGAGUUUCCCGCUCUAGAGCUGAACGAGUCGAAGAGUCCAGGGACGCAAGAGACACCCGGGAACGAGCAGAUUUGAGCAAUUCUCGCCGGCAAGUUGAUGAUUUGAAGGAUACCCACAUGGACAGGCGCCAAGGAGCUGCAGAAAGGCGUCUUGAAGAAUCUCGCGACUCUCAACGAGAAAUCCAGGAUACCCGUGAAGCAAGGGAUUCUCGCCUGACAAUGAAUCGCAGAGAAGAUCAGGCUGCUGAAAGGAGGAGCAUUCGAUUGGAAAAACCUGAGACUGAACGAAACUCUUUGUCUUUGCUGGGAGCACAGGUGUCUGCAUUCGCUCCUGUCGAGUUGAUGGCAUCUGGAAACUACAUGAAGUACGCUGCCAACACACUGACCGCAGUCUACCUCAUGUCUCUACUUUUUGCAGGAAAUAAAAAGACGAGCAUCGUGAACCAAAUCAAGAGCAUGCCGAUUGACACUAUGGCGAUGACCGCAGUUGCAUCUGGUCUGGCACUGGCUUCAGUUUAUUAAUCAUACUCUCAGCAAAAUAGAAGUUUCACAAAAAAUAUAACAAUAAAAAAUAGAACAUAUAUAAUUUCUGCGUAGCAUUUGUGUAUAUUAAAAUAAUAUGUAUAUGAAAACGUAUUAAAAUAAACUGCAUGCGAUGAAUCGAA